AUGACAUUAAGGCGUAAUCUUACACUCGAUAACCCUGUGCCAAAGCUUGAGAAGUGUGUCCUUUGCGAUAAAACGGUCUAUGCCAUGGAACGGGUGGAGGCCGGUGGUUCGAUCUGGCACAAGGGGUGCUUCCGUUGUAGCCAAUGCAACAUGGUCCUCAACCUGAACAGCUACAAACAGGCUGAUCAGAAGCUCUACUGUGGCAAGCACUACCAGGAGCAGAUUCUGGCAAAGAACACUCAGACGCCAGUUUUGUAG